GACCAAAAAGACGGGAAUGCCCCCCGAAAUCUCAGAACCUAAAACCUCAACAAAGCCCUUUUAGCAUUUCGCCGGUGGAAACACAUCUCUCUCAGAGCUUUCCCGAUCCGAAAAAUGGCCACUUUCGCCGCCAGGUCUGUCCUUCGCUCCGCCAGAACCUCCGCCGGAACCUCCGCCGCGAGACUUGCCGCCGGUGCCAAGCCCAAGGCCGCUCCUUCUCCCUUUCGCGUCCCCACUCAAAAACCCCUCACUGCUCGCAUUUUCAGGUCGCCUGUUGAAAUGAGUUGUGCAGUGGAAACUAUGCUUCCUUAUCACACGGCCACUGCUUCUGCGUUGCUGACUUCAAUGCUCUCUGCUACUCCUCGGAGUUAUGGUUGGACUCUUGAAGAUUUGUGAAUCAUGCAGCUGGUAUUGAUUGUUGAUGAGUUUAUUUCAUAUUAAGCUUCAAGAAAACUGAAUCAGAUAGUCUGUGGGAUCAAAAGUUGCUUAGAUAUGAAUUUUGAAUUUCCAUUUGUAGUUGUUAAGUUGUCAGCAUCAUUCUAAUACUUGGUGUUUAAUCAGAUUGCAAUGAUGAUGUAUGAUGAAUGUCAGAGAGUUCAAGCGAAGUUUUAUAUCCAUGCAGUCUAAGCAAAUGAUAAGUAGAGUACUGAAUGAGAACUUGGGACUCUUUCCUUUCUGUGAAUUCUGGCUUCUGUUAGACUGUAUUUUCAUUGGUAUCACGUUGAAGUCCCGUGGAAGCUCAUUGUUAUUAGAUAUUGAGGGAUGGUUAAGCUUUAGUUUGUCUCAAAAAUGCUUUUAUACAAGCCUUAAUAGUGUUGUCUUUAGCCUGUGGUGUUUUAUUGACCAUAUUUUAGUUUCUUGGGAGUAUCUUCUGAACUUUGAAGCAUCUGAAGUUAUAUGUUUGCUUCAAGUUGCUAUUCUUGCCUGAUUAUAGAUUGAUGUGAAGAUACUAGCAUUUGAUUGAGCUAAUGCCUUGAAUAAAAUUCCAGAUAACUGAAUUGGAUAGGC